AUGGAGAGCGCUGGCUCCGCGCCGCUCUCCGCCGCGUCCGUCCCGUCCGUGCCCCGCCGAGCCCGGCCCUCCCGGAGGGGCGCGCCGCACCGCCCCUUGGCCCAGGGGGCAGCCCGGGGGCGGCCGGGCCCUCCGGACCACCUCGGGCCGAGGGGGCGGCGGAGGGCGCGGGGCAGCCCCGGCCGAACCAGGGCGCCCCGCGGGUCAGGGGCCGGGCUGGGCGGGGGCAGCGCUGCCCACGGCGUCCCGCCUCCUCCUCGGGCUAUAAACGCGCGGCCGGGGCGCCCGCUGAGCUGGGGUUCGCGCCGAGCCGUCGGGGCACAGCCAGCGUCCCUGCGCGAAGAAGAUGCUGCCGAUCAGGAAGACCGCGAAACAGGGCAAAAGGGUAAAUCUCGCGUCUCCCUCUCUCGCACAGACCCUCCCGCUUCUCCCCACGGGCGCGAUCCCUCGGCGGGCCGGGGCCGUGCGGGAGCGGCUCCGCGCCGGGCACGGGCAGGAAGAUCCCAGCCACCCCUCCCGUGUCCGCGGGCUCUCCGGGGAGCUGCAACUGUGAUUGUUAACUUGCCCUCAUGCUUUCUCCAGGGUAUUCUAGAACGCUUGGAUGCUGGAGAAAUUGUGAUCGGAGAUGGGGGAUUUGUCUUUGCUCUUGAAAAGAGGGGAUAUGUAAAAGCUGGGCCUUGGACUCCUGAAGCAACUGUAGAACACCCAGAAGCAGUUCGUCAGCUUCACCGAGAAUUCCUUAGAGCUGGAUCCAAUGUUCUGCAGACCUUCACCUUUUAUGCCAGUGAGGACAAACUGGAGAACAGGGGCAAUUAUGUAGCUGAGAAAAUAAGUUGCCAGAAAGUGAAUGAAGCUGCUUGUGACAUUGCAAGAGAAGUGGCUAAUGAAGGGGAUGCUUUAGUGGCUGGAGGGGUCAGUCAAACACCAUCUUACUUAAGCUGCAAGGAUAAAACAGAGGUUAAAGCAGCCUUUAAAAAGCAACUGGAAGUUUUUAUGAAGAAGAAUGUGGACUUCCUAAUUGCAGAGUAUUUUGAACAUGUUGAAGAGGCUGUCUGGGCAGUUGAAGUUCUAAAAGAAUCUGGAAAGCCAGUUGCAGCUACGAUGUGUAUUGGUCCAGAGGGAGACAUGCAUGGAGUGCCCCCUGGACAAUGUGCUGUGCAGCUGGUAAAGGCUGGUGCUUCUAUAGUGGGAGUCAACUGCCAUUUUGAUCCAGAAACUUCAGUUGAAACUGUGAGGCUGAUGAAAGAGGGCUUGCAGGCUGCUAAACUGAAAGCCCACCUGAUGUGCCAGCCACUUGCUUUCCAUACACCUGAUUGUGGAAAGCAGGGGUUUAUUGAUCUUCCAGAAUUUCCCUUUGGUCUGGAGCCAAGAAUUGCCACCAGAUGGGACAUUCAAAAAUAUGCAAGAAAGGCCUAUGACAUAGGAAUUCGUUUCAUUGGAGGCUGCUGUGGAUUUGAGCCGUAUCAUAUCCGAGCAAUAGCUGAGGAGUUGGCUCCUGAAAGAGGAUUUUUGCCAGAAGCUUCUGAGAAACAUGGAAACUGGGGUGAUAACCUGAGCAUGCAUACCAAACCCUGGGUCAGAGCAAGGGCAAGAAAAGAAUACUGGGAGAAUCUGAAGCCUGCUUCAGGCAGGCCCUACUGUCCUUGCAUGUCAAAGCCAGAUGGCUGGGGAGUGACCAAAGGAGCCAAGGAGCUGAUGCAACAGAAAGAAGCAACAACUGAACAACAGCUGAAGGAGCUCUUCCAGAAAAAGAAGUUCUAAUCCACUGCAGUUGUGUAAACCUUAAAGUGAUUUAUCUACAGACCACCUCAGGCUUCAGAAGAAAAUCUGUGAAGAGGAGUACUGUAUUGAUUUAUCAGUUAAAAUGCAAUAAAAGAGACAAAAUGCAGAAAGAAUGUGAUUACAUAGUAAAUAUGUCUAACUUUGAUAAUAAAAUCCUUCUCUGAACAAAUAGUUUAGAGAAUACACAGUCAAAAGUAAUGUUGGAUUCUCAUAAUUGAGCUUCUGUUAUGUGGGUGCUAUUAAUUGGGUAGACAUAGAAAUAGCAGAAAAGUAAUAAUUGGCUCAA